AUGAACCCUGGGCUUUUUGCGUUUGAUCUAGCCGAAUCAUGCAGCGGAGGGAAAUGGAAGGGUGAUCUGGCUCUUGGGCUGCCUAGCAUGGGUUUCGCUGGCCAGAGACACAAGCGCUGGGUCAAGCACAUCCUCAAGAAACGAUUGACAGAUGCACCGUUAUCAUGCCUAGUCGUCGAGGCAAGUGGCGAGAGGGGAAGUCCUCCGUCGGGAGGUGACCCCGGCCUUUGA